AUGGCAGCAGCUGAUGCAGCCUUGCCCUGGGCGGCGCAGUGCGCGGGCAUGGCCCUGUUCGCCUCCUCCUUCUGCUUGGUGGCGCUGGCCCUGGUGCUCAUGCUCCUCCGCCGCUGGCCGUGGUGCAGCUGCCAUGUCUGCCGGGCGUACCUCACGGGGUCGUGGGCGCGGGACUUCACCAACCUCGGCGACUGGUACGCGCACCUCCUCCGGGAGUCGCCCACCGGCACCGUCCACGUCCACGUGCUGGGCUGCACCGUCACCGCCAACCCGGCCAACGUCGAGUACAUGCUCAAGACCAACUUCGACAACUUCCCCAAGGGCAAGACCUUCGCCGCGCUGCUCGGGGACCUCCUCGGCGGCGGCAUCUUCAACGUCGACGGCCACGCGUGGCGCCACCAGCGCAAGAUGGCCAGCCUGGAGCUCGGCAGCGUCGCCGUGCGCUCCUACGCUUUCGGGAUCAUCGCCCAGGAGGUGGAGGCCCGCCUCAUGCCGCUCCUCGCCGCCGCCGCCGACGCCAGCGCGGUGGUCGACCUGCAGGACGUGUUCCGCCGCUUCGCCUUCGACACCAUCUGCAAGAUCUCCUUCGGCCUCGACCUGGGCUGCCUCGAGCUGGACAUGCCCGUGUCCAAGCUCGCCGACGCGUUCGACACCGCCACGCGCCUCUGCGCCAUGCGCGGCGCCGCGUCGUCGCCGCUGCUCUGGCGGGCCAAGCGCCUGCUCAACGUCGGCUCCGAGAGGGAGCUCAGGGAGGCCAUCAAGCUCGUCGACGAGCUCGCCGCCGCCAUGAUCCGGGAGCGCCGCAAGCUGGGCGUCGCCAACAGCCACGACCUCCUGUCCCGCUUCAUGGCCUCGGCCGGGGCCGGCGACGAGCACCACGACGUCGACGACAAGUACCUCCGCGACAUCGUCGUCAGCUUCCUCCUCGCGGGGCGCGACACGGUCUCCUCCGCGCUCACCACGCUCUUCAUGCUCCUGUCCAAGAACCCGGCCGUGGCGGCCGCCAUGCGCGCCGAGGCCGGCGGCGACGGUGGCGACUCGGAGGCGCCGCUCACCUUCGAGCAGCUCAAGCGCCUGGACUACACCCACGCGGUGCUGUACGAGAACAUGCGCCUGUUCCCGCCGGUGCAGUUCGACUCCAAGUUCUGCGCCGGGCCCGACGUGCUCCCCGACGGCACCUACGUGUCCGGCGGCACGCGCGUGAUGUACCACCCCUACGCCAUGGGCCGGAUGCCGCGCAUCUGGGGCACCAACCACGGCGCGUUCCGCCCGGACCGGUGGCUCACCGGCGAAGGCGGCUCGUUCGUCCCGGAGAGCCUGUACAAGUACCCGGUGUUCCAGGCGGGCCUCCGCGUAUGCCUCGGCAAGGAGCUCGCCGUCACCGAGAUGAAGGCGGUCGCGGUGGCCGUGGUGAGAGCGUUCGACGUCCAGGUCGUCGGGGACAGUGGCAGCGCUGCCUGCGCGCCAAAGUUCGUGUCGGGGCUCACCGCGUCCAUCAGCGGCGGCCUCCCAGUGAGGAUUAGUAGAAGAGUUCCAAGCUAG